AAUGCCUGUAAAAAAAAAACAAAAACACUUGGAAAUCGAAAGUGUUCGGCUUGGAUGAGAAGUCAAUGAAAACUUGGUGCGAAAUCUAAUAUGGAACCCAGUUUUAAUUAUAAAGAGAUCUUGGAUCGAAUGACAACAGAUCAAGUGCAAGAUCUAGUGCAAGACGCGAAGGAUUAUAUUUUAGCGAAAGGAGGGAUCGUAAUAUCGAAAAGUGAUCCAAAGGCUAACGAGCACUUUCCUUUUAUGCUUUUUCCAUCACCUUUCCCUAGGAAGACGUGUUUCCAAGCCAAGGAAGUCCAGAAAGAUUUCAAUUUACUGGUGCACAGGGUUUGUCUGGACGAUGCGUUCAUCAAGGAGACCUUAGAAAGCACAAUUCAAGUAGAUGAUUUUACUCGUCAGAUCUACGAGAUAUACGACACGACUAGGAGGGAAGGAGUAGCACAGACAAUAUCUCUGGGAUCCCUUCGCUCUGACUAUAUGAUUGACACAACACUAYCCACGACUAAAUUAGAAGACUUUUUGAAUAAUAACAAAGCAGUGAAACUCUCACAAGUUGAAUUGAAUACAAUUGCAUCAGGAGCGGCAUGUAUGUCAGAGGUUCUGUCAGAAUAUGGAAGUUAUAUACUUGGAAAAGUUGGAUAUGAUGUUCAGGUUGGCUCACCACAAUUGCCCAUUAACAAGCCAAUGACUGGGAUUGCAGAGGGUCUUGCUACAGCAUGGCAGCUCUAUGGAUGCGAAAGCGCUGUAAUACUUAUGAUUGUAAGCGAAACCGAUAGAUAUCGUUUCGAUCAGAAACCAAAGGAUCACUACCUGCACCAUAGACGACCUCGUAUUCAAAUGAUAAGAAGAUCGCUCACUGCUCUAUCGAAAUGUGCGUCACUACAGAACAACAAACUUAUAGUGGACGGUUAUGAAGUUGCUGUGGCGUACUAUCGCUCGGGCUACUCGCCAAACUGCUAUCCUACUCAAACCGAAUGGGAUAUUCGCCUAAUGAUUGAACGAUCUCUCGCUAUCAAAUGUCCCACGGCUGUAUUGCAACUGGUUGGAACCAAAAAAAUGCAGCAAGUAUUCGCAAAACCUGGCGUCGUWGAGAGAUUUAUCUCUGAGCCAGCUGCUGUUAAACGCAUUCGUAAUACGUUUACUGGCUUAUAUACUCUUGACCAGGGUCCCGACGGUGAAGCAACGUUUCAAAUGGCCUUGAAAGAACCGAACAGAUUCGUKCUCAAACCUCAGCGAGAAGGAGGAGGGAACAACAUAUUUGGUGAAUCGAUUAAAACUACCCUGGAAUCGCAAACCUCUGCUGAACGCUCACAAUAUAUAUUAAUGGAUAAAAUCCAGAGUCCUUCCACGAGAAACUUCUUUGUGUUACCAGAUCAAGAUGAACCCAUAUCAGCUGAAGUGUCRAGUGAAUUUGGAGUGUAUGGGAUUUUCGUAAGUUGUGGUGACAAGUUAUUGGUUAACAGAGAGAUUGGAUUUAUGAUGCGAACAAAGGACGUCUGUGUACAGGAAGGAGGUACGAUAUUCGGCGCCACGACCAAGGACUGCCCUUAUUUGUUCUAYUUUAUUGAAUUUCUUAGUUCUAAGAGGAACUUCAGCUAAAUAAGUCAUAAUAGAGGACUAAAUAAUGACUCGAUCCUAACUUGGAGUAUAGGUUCAACAACUAGUUAACAGAAGAAGACAACAAUCGGAUUUUAAUUGAAUACAAUACAAUUUAUUAUUUUUAACGUUAUUUAAUGUAAACAUUAGAACAUUUUUGUUGGUAUUAUGAGCUGCCUCCUUUUUUAAUGCAUUUUCCAUAGUCUACGGAACAUUGACUGACUUCCAAGAAGUCUCCAGCAAUAGAUAGGCAGGUUGAGAAUUGUUCGUUGCAGGCGGCCUAACAAUAAAAUCAGUAAAAUUAUCAAAAAAAAUCUCAGGAACUAAAAAAAAUAGUAAAAUAACCACAAUAAUACUUCGCAUACUAUGGUUACUUCUGAAGUAAUACGAGUAGAGCUCAAACGUUUCUCAAACUUACAACGUAGGGGGGUACAGUGGGGAGAAGUUGUGCCAUGCAGUUUUUGUAGUCUCUCAUGCAUUCUAUCUUGCCUUUGGUUCCAUCUUUCAAGCAUGUUCCGAGGUCGAUUUUACAUUUCUUAUAUUGAAUGAAAAUAUACACAGUUCGUAAUAAAUCAGAGAAACAUGUCUUACAA